AUGUCAAAUACACAUUAAGCUUAAAAUGAUAAAGAUAAAAAAUAGCCUAAUGCCUUUGAGGAUUUUUUCGAUUGCUCUGAGAUUGAUAACUAAGAUUAUUCUCAGUUUAUAAAUGAUCAAUCUCAAUUUAUUGUGGGAUAAAAUGGUGAACAUAUCAAAGCAACUGAGACUAAUUAGGAUGAACAAUAAGACAUUAACAUUGAUGUGAACAAUAUAGUGUCACUUAUAAGAUUGGAGGACUAAGAGCUUGAAUAAUAGAAAGCUUAGGAUUAAGAAUAGGCUAUAUAGUAAAAUGAUGAAGACAUUGGGGACAUAUCUCCUAUAGCUGAAGUAAGAGUCGCUAUCAAAGAGUAAAUGAAUCACUAAAGAGACUAUGUUGAUAGAGCCACUUCCAUUAUUUGA